CUCGGCUGAAAAUUGGAACAAAGAUUAGAUAAAGAGGUUUACAAUUGAAAUACAACAGUUUUAAAGCAGAAGAAGUUGGAUUCGCAUAAAAAUGAUUAAAUUGAUAUUAUUUACAGUUGGGAUAUGCAUCGUUGGAGCAAUUACCGACCCCACUCAACUGUGUAAUGAGCUGAUGGCACUGGAUUGCAAGGUGACAUAUAUUAAGGGAGAGAAAGACGAAACUGUGUGUGGAACAAACGGACAAACAUACAAUAAUUUCUGUUACUACGGGCAGGCGAGAUGUAGAGAUAAAACGAUAAGAGUAGCGUUUCAGGGGCCCUGUUCUGCUCCUCUUGCCUCAAUAUUGUCGCCUGUAUCGGCUUCCUCUGCUUCCUCUGCAGCAACUGAUGGUCCUGUUGUUACUGGUACCACCCUUCCACCAACUACGGAUCCAAUCCAUGACGCUUUCUGUGGUAACAAGAACGACAUUGUUUGUGGCACGGACCUGGCACCUAUCUGCGGAUCUGACAAACAAAUAUACCUGAACAAGUGCAGAUUAUUAAAGGUAUAUUGUGACGAUAAAUCUUUGACCUCACAACCCAUUGAGUUUUGUACUGGCAUAGCUGUUGGUAGAAAAUAGAAAAGAAUUAAUUUUGCAAUAUUCUGUAUUUAGUUUACCAGUUAGUAUUUUAUCAGUUAAUUCUUUUGAAAUAAAGCCACUACCUAUAACAUCA